AUGUUUAUUUUCUAGUUACACUUUCUGUCUACCUGAUGACCAUUUGUUGUAACACUAUUGUAAUUUUUGUGAUAUACACAAAUGAGAGCCUCCAUGAGCCCAUGUACAUUUUCAUCACUGCUUUGCUAAUGAACACUUUAGGUGGAUCAACUGCUUUAUACCCCAAACUGCUGAGUGAUAUUUUAUCCAAAAAUCUAAUUGUUUCCCUUGAUGCUUGUGUAUUUCAGGCAUUUUUCAUUUACACUUAUGCCAUGUCAGAGUUCAUGCUGUUGUCGGCUAUGGCCUAUGACAGAUAUGUGUCUAUUUGUAAACCACUACAAUAUGCUGCUAUUGUACAAAUGUCUACUGUGAAAAAGCUCAUAUUUUUGUCUUGCUUUGUGCCUAGUUGUGAAAAUGCUAUAGCAAUGGUAUUAAUAUAUAAGCUUAAACUGUGUAAUUUCAAAUUAAAUAGAAUAUACUGUAGCAAUUAUGCAAUUGUUAAACUGGGUUGUGGAGACAUUUCUGCGUAUAAUUCGUAUGGACUGUUCAUUUUUGUCAUUGCUGUAUUUCCACAAGUGAUCUUCAUAAUUUACUCAUAUAUCAGGAUACUCUCUGUCUGUUUAAAGAAUUCAAAGGAUUUCAGAAGAAAAGCUCUACAGACCUGUUUACCACAUCUUUUAAUUUUCACGAGUUUCACUGUCACUUCAUGUUUUGAAAUUAUAAACAGUAGAUUGGAAGGAAAUAUGCCUCACAUUAUUGCCAUGAUCCUGUCAGUGGAAAAUCUGGUUAUUCCUCCUCUAUUUAAUCCCAUUAUAUAUGGACUGAAACUUCAGGAGAUUUUUAAUAGGAUUAAAAGAAUGUUUUGUCAGAAGAAGAUACACAUCUUUUUAGAUUAAAAUUCUGAUG